UUACUAGAUAGCUCCUUCUAAAUCAAAUUCAGAGAAUUCAAAAACCAGUAUCAGCACAAAUCCGAAGCAAAAUUAAUAGAGAGAAAACGGAAUUAAAAAUAAAACGACAGAAAAAGACUGUUUAUUGCUAUCACACACCUCACUCAGUCUCUAUCUCAACGCCGACUUCGCAACGGUCCGCCGUUUCAUUUCGGCGACUUCGUAUUAUCCAUCGGCCGGAGAUCUUUUCCGAUUUCUUGAUCUUAUUUCUUUUUCUGUUUUUUGUUUGGUAUAGUGAAAAAUACUAAUAAUCAAGAGCUGGAGUGAGUUUUGCAAGACUUGCUGAUUCGUCAUCAUCGACAUUGCUAUUCGUUGGUGCAAAGCUAGGCAUACAAUAUGAUUGGAUCAUUUCUUACAAGAGGACUUGUGAUGGUUUUUGGAUAUGCUUAUCCUGCUUAUGAGUGCUAUAAAACUGUUGAAAGGAAUAAGCCUGAAAUCGAGCAACUCCGGUUUUGGUGUCAGUAUUGGAUUUUGGUGGCUGUUUUGACAGUUUGCGAGAGAGUGGGAGAUGCUUUUAUUUCAUGGGUUCCUAUGUACAGUGAAGCAAAGCUGGCAUUUUUUAUAUAUCUGUGGUACCCUAAAACUAUGGGAACUACCUAUGUGUACGAUUCCUUCUUCAGACCAUAUGUCUCAAAGCAUGAGAAUGAAAUUGAUCGUAACUUGUUAGAACUAAGAACUAGGGCUGGAGAUAUGGCAGUUUUAUACUGGCAAAGAGCUGCAAGCUAUAGUCAGACCAGAGUUUUGGAGAUUUUGCAGUACAUUGCUGCACAAUCAACGCCAAGGCCUCGCCCUGCUCAGACACAGCAACAGGGUGGUGGGGCUCGACAGCCUGCCACAGCACCAAACCGUCAACCUUCCAAUCGCCAACCAGCUUCUGCUCAACCAGAGAUUGAAGAACCUCCAUCUCCCACUUCUAGUACAUCUUCCAGUCAGCAGCAAACAGAUGCGACAGAAGAAGUACAAGAAGCAAUGGCUGCUGCGGCUGCAAAAGCACUUAAGGCACCUGCAGGAGUUUCCAGUGUCCAAAAAAUUGCUGCAGUAGUGUCUACUGUUCAGAAAGUAAAUGCCACUCCAGAAACUUCUGGUCAGCCUCCAUCAACCAAGGCAGAAGCAAUGCAAAUCGAAGCAGCACCUUCGUCAAUAGAUGAAAAUGCAAAUCCUCCCCCAAAAGAGACCAACAUGGAUGAGGCCAUUCGGGUUACACGUGCUAGAUUGAGGAAAAGCAGAUCUGGCCCAAAGAGCUAAAAGAAUAAUCGGAUAUAUCCCAAAUUUUAGCUUACAAGCUAGCAGUUAAUCAUUAGGUGGGUGGGAUGGCCACCGGCUCAUUGUUGUUGAUGUUGAUGUAAAUUUGUGUUUUCUAAUUUCAUUUGUUGCUUUAUUUUUUUGAACAUGAAUUGGCAGGUGAAAGGUCUUUAGGUUGAUACGAGAUAAUUGAUGCAAUUUUAGAAAUGAUAAAAGAUAAGAUACUGUUCUAAGUUGUCGGAACUCGGUGGUUGAGCAUGUAGUACUAGUAGAAGGUUGCAUUUUGGGGCCGCUAGGCUUGAUGAAUUAAGUGCUGCUGAGAUUAAAGUUUGUUUUCAGAUGAGCUCAAAUUAUAAAAAUUGUACAGCUUAUGCUUCUAUUGAAGGCGCUUACUCUGGAUUUUUAACCGUUA